AUGCCUCUUCCUGUCUCCUUCCCCGACAGUAAGCAGUACCAUGGUGGAUGGAGAUACUCUAGGAGGGAGAAGGAUGCACAUGAGAAAGUGCGCAGCACCAAGCAGAAGCACAGAGUCCUCACUGACCAGCUGCCAUCCAUGCCUCCCAAAAGUCAGAGAAACCAAUGGCUGCUGGUCCUCGGGAUGACUUCUUUGGAUCAGAUCUGCCGACUUGAGCGCCAGUUGUCUGCAGAACAGUACCAGGGAACUCUCUUCGCCAAUCAGCCAAUGAUGUUCAUCACACCAGCCAGCAGCCCCCCCAGGGCCAAGCUGUGUGAACUGGUCCAGCUGUGCGGAGGCCGGGUCAGUGGAACCCCUCGCCAGGCCAGCAUCUUCGUUGGGCCAUACAGUGGAAAGAAGGAUUCAACAAUCAAGUAUCUGUCAGAAAAAUGGAUCUUAGAUUCAAUCACUCAGCACAAGGUCUGUGCCUCUGAAAACUACCUACUGCUGCAAUAAGAGAGACAUCUGCAUUUCUUCAGACAGCUCAAAGCUGGCUUUGGGCAUUUAGGUGAAAAGCAAUUGUGAAGAGAGGGAAUGGACAUGAAAAGGAUGACAAUAUCACAUGUCUGCCUUAUGUGCGUUUUAGUUUUUAUCUUAAAAUUUCCUUUGUAUAACUUUCUGAUGAUGACUGAAUUUGUGUUUCAGAGAAGCAUCGGCUGGCUCUCUCUGGGUCUUUUUUAUAUAGUGACUAUUUUAGUUGUGAUCAUCGUUAAAAAUUACAGAACCUUUGUCAUUGAAGCAACGUACUGCCAAAUAAAAACUGAAAAUCCA